UUUAAGAUUCUAUUGAAUCUAUCCAACACGACCAAUCAGAAUCGCAUUCCUUUUACAUACUUUCCUUUCAUCUCUACGUACGAGGGCGCGCAAGAUGCAUUUGCAUAAAAUCCCGUAAUCGUGUACGAGAAGUAACGCUUGUUUCUGAUUGAAUUAUUAUUAAAAUAAAUAACGUGAAUCUCAUUUCAUUUUCUUUCGAUAAACGCAUUCAAAAUGCCGAAAUCGAAAGAGUUCAUAUAUUCGGAUGAUGAUAGUUCUGAUGAGGAAGUAAAAUCAAAGAAGCGAAAGAGAGAAAAUGAGGAUAAAGAAGAAAAAAAAUCAAAAAAAACGUCAGAAAAAGAAUCUGAAAAUGAAGAUAACAUUUGGGAUUUAGGAAAUAAUCGUCAAGUUACUGUAAGAGAUUUCAGAGGAAAAUUGUAUGUUGACAUUAGAGAAAUGUACUUUGAUAAGGAAUUAAAUUUGAAACCUGGAAAGAAAGGUAUUUGCUUAAGCAUACCACAAUGGCGAAAGUUAUUAUCCGUCAUGGAUGAUGUGGAUAAAGCAGUAAAGUCCAAAUGCUGAAUAUCUACUUAUGUAUCUAGUAAAUAUUUUACAGUUUUUCAAUUAUUAAAUACUUAGCCUUUUAUUAUUUAUAAAAACACCACAUAUUCUUAA